GGCUGAGGAAACGCAGGGACCCCCGGCCAACGCUGAUCUCGGGCGGCUCUGAGUGUCAAGGCUCUCCGCACUUCUCGGGCGACCCCCGCCACGGAAGAAAGACGCAGGCCUGGAUAGCCGCCUCACAGCGGCGGGGGCACCGCCACGGCCUGCAGGGCCUGCAGGGAGCGGACGCCCACGCCCCGCUCCGGGUGCGGGCCCAGGGCUUGCAGGCUACCAACUCCAGGGUGAUGCUGCUGUCAUUUGGGGACUACGCUUGGGAAGCACCGCCCCCCGCAGUAAAGGCCUUCCUCCGCGACCCCGCUUCGCCCCAGCAACGGGGGCUGGGACUCGGGAGGGAAAGCGGGACGGGGAAGCCGGACGGCGCCCCUCCUCCAGGGGCUUCCUUGCCGCUAGGGCGCCCGGCUCCGAGGCACUUCCGGGUCCCCUCUAGGCGCCGCGGAGGUCCGGCCGUCUCGGUGGUCGCGCGGGCCGGGGCGUGGCCCGGAGGAGGCGUGGCCGGAGGCGGGCCGAGGCGCCGCGAGCGCUCUUGUGCCGGACGUUGCGCGGCCGCGACGCCUGGUGCCAGCGAUGGGUGCGCGUCUCUCCCUGGCCGGAGCGGGCAGGCGUCGGGCCGCUUGCGCCGCAAGCGAGGCCCUGGCCUGAGUGCGGGAGCAGCGGCGUCUGGCGCUGCGCUUUCUCGGCGGCGCCCAGCGUCCGCCCUUGUGGCGGCGCACGGACGAGCUGAUGACGCUCGUCUAGAAUGGGAAGCUCACUGUCACGUGUCGGACGUGGUGGCGUCACGGCUUCCUGCCCUCGCAGGGAGCUCCACGGGCAGCGCUGAUCUGGAACAGCCGUCAUCACCAGGGCCGACUUUGUCUCCCGGGGCAUCUGGCGACGUCUGGGAAAGCGUUUGGAAUUGGCAGCUAGGCGGCCGUGUUGCGGCGGCCAUUCCGUGGUGCCCAGGACCGGACACGGACAUGGCAGACGCCCCGGCGGUGCCGACUGCGAGAAGGUGCCCAGAUGCGUGGACUCUGGGCAGGGCAGCCUCGUCUUCCAAGUUCACCAUGGCCUCAGCCUCGAGAGGUGUCACUUCUGGGAGCGGGGCCCGCCGCAGGGCGAGGGCCGCUAAGCUGCUGGAGGUGCUGAGCGCCCUGGAGGAGGAGGAGUCUGGCCCCGACAGGGAGGAGAUUUUCAUCGCCCCACCCGACAACGCCUCGGGGGACUUCACGGACGAGGACUCGGGGGACGAGGAUGGCCGGCCAGGGGCUCAGCUGCCGGGCAGCGUGCUGCACGCCUCUGUGGUGUCCGACCACUCUGGCAGCAGCGAGGAGGACGGAGCCCCAGAGCUGCAGCCGGCCGGCGAGAGGCAGAAGGCGGGGGCGGAGCCGCAGCGCGUGUGGACCAAGAGAGACAUCCGGCCGGACUUCGGCAGCUGGCCGGCCUCGGAUCCUCACAUGGAGGACCUCAAAAGCCAGGAGCUGAGUCCCGUGGGCCUCUUUGAGUUGUUCUUUGACGAAGGAACCAUUAACUUCAUUGUCGACGAAACCAAUCGUUACGCCUGGCAGAAGAACGUGAACCUGGGCGUCACCGCUCAGGAGCUGAAGUGUAUUUUGGGCAUCUUGAUUCUGAGCGGCUACGUCUCCUAUCCGAGGAGAAGGAUGUUUUGGGAAACCUCUCCCGACUCGCAUCACCAUCUCGUGGCUGAUGCCAUCAGGAGGGACAGGUUCGAGCUGGUUUUCUCCUACCUGCACUUUGCAGAUAACAGCGAGCUGGACGAGAGCGAUAGGUUUGCCAAGGUCAGGCCCCUCAUCGUCCGCAUGAACGGCAACUUCCAGAAGCACGCGCCCCUGGAGGAGUUCUACAGCUUCGGGGAGUCCAUGUGCGAGUACUUCGGGCACCGCGGGUCCAAGCGGCUGCGCUCCGGGAAGCCCGUGCGCCUCGGCUACAAGAUCUGGUGCGGCACGACCACGGGCUACCUGGUGUGGUUCGAGCCCUCGCAGGGCACGCUGUUCACAAAGCCGGGCAGGGGCCUGGACCUCGGCGGCAGCAUGGUCAUCAAGUUUGUGGACGCGCUGCAGGAGCGCGGCUUUCUGCCCUACCACAUAUUGUUUGACAAGGUCUUUACAAGUGUCAAACUGAUGUCCAUUUUGAGGAGAAAGGGAGUGAAAGCCACAGGAACCGUGCGUGAGUACAGGACUGAGCAGUGCCCCCUCAAAGACCCCAAGGAACUGAAGAAAAUGAAGCGGGGUUCAUUCGAUUACAAAGUCGACGAGAGCGAGGAGAUCAUCAUGUGCCGCUGGCACGACAGCCGCGUGGUCAACAUUUGCUCCAACGCCGUGGGCAUAGAGCCAGUGAGGCUGACCAGCCGGCACGCGGGGGCGGCCAAGACGCGGACGCAGGUGCACCAGCCGUCGCUGGUGAAGCUGUACCAGGAGAAGGUGGGAGGCGUCGGCCGGAUGGACCAGAACAUCGCCAAGUAUAAGGUGAAGAUCCGCGGCAUGAAGUGGUACUCAAGCUUCAUUGGCUACGUCAUCGAUGCCGCCCUCAACAACGCGUGGCAGCUGCACAGGAUCUGCUGCCAGGACGCCCAGGUGGACCUCCUGGCCUUCCGGAGAUACGUGGCCUGCGUGUACCUGGAGAGCAAUGCGGACACGUCCUCGCAGGGCAGGCGCAGCAGGCGGCUGGAGACGGAGAGCCGCUUCGAUAUGAUCGGGCACUGGAUCAUCCACCAGGACAAGAGGACCCGGUGCGCCCUCUGCCACUCCCAGACCAACACCCGCUGUGAGAAAUGCCAGAAGGGUGUCCAUGCCAAGUGCUUCCGGGAGUACCACAUUCGGUGACGCCUUGGCCUGCUUGUUGGACUUUGUGGUUGUGGCGAGAUACUUGCAGCAUUUCUGUGCACCACUUGCAGCACUUCUGACCCAGUUGUGUCGAGAAAAGACCCGAAUCCCGGCUGACUGGGUUUUGUAUUUCCUCCUGCCCUGUAAACAGUGCUGUGUUUUACUGUGUUCUAUCAUGAUGCAUGAUGUCAUUAAUAUUUACAUUAAUACUCUUAAGUGUUAGCAAAUCUGUGUUUUGUACUGUUAUUUAUUUAAACUUAUUCAAGUAAAAGUCUUGCUUUGGGAUGUAUUUGAGUUCCCAGUGAAGAUUAUCAAAGAAAAAUUUGCAUGAACAAUAAAAAUCUUUUACCAUUGUA